CGGCAAUACACUCACCACUUGUUCCGCCGCAGACUUCCACGUAUCCCGCCGGAAGAGGAGCACAGCACCCUUCGACCAGAAACAUCAUAACCAAAAAUGCCCACAAACCCCAAUCCCCAAGCCCUAACCACCUUCCUCGCCACCACCGACCCCGACCCCGAACGGCCAUGCUACAUCAUUCUCGGCAAACCAGGCUCAGGCCGCAAAACGGUUGCGAAGCGCCUGGCGGAGAAAGUUGGCGCUGUGUUGGUUACGCCUGAUGCGGUUUUGGAGGGUGUUGUGAAGGAUCAGGGGCAUCCGGGGCAUGAAGAGAUUCUGGAGACGUUGGCGAGUGGACAGCAGGUUGCACCGGAUAGGGUUGUCCAGUUGAUGCUUGAUGCGGCGUUGCGGGAGGCUGCGAGGUUUCGAGGCUACAUGGUAGCCGGCCUCCCCAACACCUGCAAGCCCACCACCACAUCCACCACCACCCCACCACCCGACAUAACAGCCCUUAUCCAGAUCCUGAACUCCAAAUCCCCCAACCAAACCCCAAUCCUCCUCUCCCUCACCCUCGCCGACGACGACCUCGUCCGCCGCCGCGCCGCGCAAUGGAUCGAUCCCUUGACAGGGACAAUAUACCCUGGGGCACAGGUUGUGUUUUCAAGAGCUAAGAGGGCGAAGAUUGGGAUGCAUGAGAAUGGGGAGGAGGAGGAGGAGGGGGAGCAUGACAAGGGGAGUGAGGCGGGUGAGGAGGAGGAGGAAAAGGAAGACGAUGGGGAUGAGGAGGAGGAUGAGGAGGACAGGAGUGAGGGGAGUCAGAGUGGAGAGGAUGAGGAUGGGGAGAGGAGGAAGCGGAAGAAGAAGGUGAAGGAGGUGGUUAAGCUCAGUAAUAAAGUGGAGUGGAAGAUGAUUCCUAUGGAUGUUGUUGAUCGCCUCGUGAAACGCCCUGAAGACUCCCCCGACCUCGUCACCGCCGCCCUCGACCACUACAACAGCACGUACACCGUCCCCUUGGAGACCGUCAAACGAAAGUACUUUAAUGAUCAGAGGCAGAUUGAGCUGGAUGCGACGCAGCACCCGGAUGUGCUGAUACCGGGGUUGACAGAUGCAUUGGAUGCGAUUGGGUUUGGCGAGUUUGGACGGACGGUGUUGCCGAGGGUGCUGGAGGGGCCGGGGGGUGGAUUUGCGCCCGGAACAUCACCGCAAACAGCAUACGAGCACUACACAACCACCCAACUCGAACCCGACGAGCCUGCCCGCGAUAUCGGCGCCUUUGCCAACUACUGCCCCGUCACCGCCUACGGGCCCUCCGGGAAGCUCGAGCCCGUCCCUACCUUCGACUAUGCCGCCGUUUACAAGGGCAAAGUCUACUUCCUCGCUUCCCCCUCCCACCUCGCACUCUUCCUCGAAAACCCCCCCAAAUACCUCCGGCAACCGCCCACGCUGCCCGAACUCAAAAUCGCGGUGCUGGGUGGGCCGAGGGCGGGGAAGACGACGCUCGCGAGGGCGGUGGCGGAGCGUUAUGGGCUGGUGUGGUUGUCGUUGGAUGAGGUUUUCGGGAGGUGGGAGAGCGGGGAGGUUGAGACGGGGUUCAAGGCAGUUGCGCAGAAGGUGGUUCAAGUCUGCAGUAAGGGUGAGGCCGUCCCCGCCGACCUGCAGGUUCAGGUCAUCCAAAGCGUUCUCGACGAGGCUCGAAAGGCGGGCAAGCUGGACAGGGGAUGGGUCCUCGAUGGAUUUCCGCAGAAUAUGGAGCAGACAAACCUCCUCAUAGCCAGCGGCAUCGUGCCUCAGUACUCUAUCGGUUUGCAGAGCGAUGUAGCCGACGACAAGGUCCGGCGUCGCGCAGACGUGCCCGAUCUCGGCGCCGCGCUGCAAUCCACACCCGCCCACCUCACGUCACUCAUUCACCGCCCAUUCUACGACGAGCUGUAUAAUGGGCAGACGAGCGAACUGGCGGACGUGUUGACGGUUUUGGAGCAACAACCACCGAGUGGUGAUCCACAUGAUGCGGAGGGGAAUCCGGCUGGCGGGAAGCAGGUGGUGAUCAAGUUGAAUGCGGCGGAUCGGCCGGGGGUGGCGUUUGCGACUGUGCAGCAUGUGUUGGAUCCGUUUGCCGCGAAAGGAGAGGUGGCUUCAAAUCUUCCGUCUCCGGUUCCGUUUGGGGCGACAAAGGAUUAUGAUCCCGUGGCGUUGCUGGAGCAUGAUGUGCUCAUGAAGGGGGAUGCGGCUAAUGCUUCAAAGUACAAGUACCGCUACUACUACCACACGACCCCGGAAUCCCUCGCCAAAUUCAUCGCCGAGCCUCAAACCUACACCACAAACGUCCACGCUCCCCCACCCCGCCUCGUCUUUGUCGGUCCACCCGGUAGCGGAAAGACGGCCAUCAUCAACGAGCUGCGCAAGAAACAUGAGCAUGUGCCGCAUGUCCAGUGGAAGGAGCUUGUGAGGGCGUACUUGGCUGCUCAGACGCCCGUGAAGGUGGAAGUGAGUGGGGAGGAGGAUGGGGAUAAUGGGGAGCCAGCGGCUGAGGGGGAUAAGGAUAUGUUGUUGGAUGCGGAUUCGGGGGUGAAGGUGCUGAGGGAGUUGUUUGAGAGUGAGCCCUACAAAACAACCGGCUUCUUCCUCGAAUCCUUCCCACCCACAAAAGACGGCGUCAUGGCAGUCCUCGAAACGCACUACCACGUCGAUGCCUUCGUCGAGCUCACCGUCGAGGCUGACGUAGCCUCGCGCCGCGUCGCGAGCGUCAUGCGUCGCCUGGGCACGUUACCGCUCAAGCAGUCGGAGGAUGCAGACGAGGAUGAGGAGGAGGAGGACUUGGAGGGUGUUAUGGAGAGCAUUGACAAUGGCCAAGUGGACGCAUCAACGAUCACAUCGACGGUGCGGGCCAACAGCCACAUCCCCGUGCUGGAGAUCGAUGCGAACCUCACCAUCCGACCAACCAUGGCUGCCGUCCGCACACAUCUGGCGACUUAUCUCGAAAACCGCUCCAGCCUCUUCUGCAACGCCUACAAAAUUUCUCCCAAAGAAGCCAAGCGCGCUCUCGAGCUGGGAGUGAAGACCUACAGCAAGUUCCGCAAGUACUGCCCCGUCACGGUCAACAAGAGCCGGUACAUCACGCGCGCGAGUAUCGGGACGCUGCCGGUUGUUUAUGAGGACUGUGUGUACUUUUUGAAGGAUAAGGCGGCGCGGAAGGACUUCCUAUCCAACACGUCCAAAUACGUCAAUCAAGCCCCGCCACCGCCCUCGGUGCACCCGCGGGUGUGCGUGAUCGGGAUCGGCAAGUCCGGCAAGACGACGGUGUCGAAAGGGCUGGCGGAGGAGAUGGGGGCCGUGUGGCUGGACGUGCCGCUGGUUCUGCAGAGUAUUAUUGAUGGAGGGGAGGUGUGCAUGGGGCUUUAUGAUGAGCUCAAAGCAUGCCUAGAACAAGGCAAAACAGUCCCCGACGAGAUGGUUGCAGAGGCGGUCCGCAUCAUCACCUCCCGCGCGGCAUGCCAAGAAAAGGGGUGGAUCCUCGAAGGCUGGCCGAUGACCAUCCAGCAGGCCAAACUCCUCGAGCAGCUCGGUGUCGUCCCGCAUUUGGUCGUCAAUCUGGAAAUUACGGAGGAGGAAGUUGAACGACGAUGUCAAUUGGCAGAGGAUCCUGAGAUGAGCUUCGACACACCCUCCGUCGACAAUCUCCUCGAAAUCACCCAACUGCGCAACCGUGGCUACGAGGACCGGAUCGCGGGCCUGGCGGAAUUGUACCAGCACCGGUAUUGCAACUGGACAGCUCUGGACGGGAAGAAAUCGGUGUGGGCUACGCGGGCGAUACUGCGGGCGAGGGUGGAGAAGAAUAUUGAGAAUCGGCAAUUGUAUUUGGAGGCGUUGAAUAAAGAUACGGCAGCCCCGAUUCAUGACGUUGCAGUGAACCUCGACGAAGUGGCCAAGAACAUGGGACCAGUCGGUGACUACUGCCCCGUCAGCCUGACACAGAACGGCGAGCUCGUCGUGGGCCCGGGAGGGACAGAAUACAUGGCUGUAUACAAGGGGAUGUAUUAUCGUACAGCGGGCCCGUCCGAGCUAUCAAUGUUCCUGGCUGGCCCAACAAAGUUUGUCGAGGAAGGGAAGGAACUACCUGCUGUGCUUCCGGUACGACGGACGCCCGGCGAUGUCAAGGCUAUGUUCCCUGCGCAGAUCGAGUUGCAGGGGUAUUGUCCUGUCACGUUCGCUGAAGGGCCCAAAGGGUUCCAGAGCAUCGUGCCCGGCCGCCAGGACUUUAUCGCCGAGUAUGACAACAAGCUGUACAGCAUGGAGAGCGAACAGAAGCGCGAGGCGUUUAUGAGGACGCCAUGGAAGUACGCAUCGCUCGUUCUCCCCGCGAAACUCCCGCCUCGCCAAACCCCAAUACCUGUAGGCAAUCUUCCGCUUGUCGGAUAUCUUGAGCAGACAGUAGCCACGCGGAUCACCGAGGCGCUCUUGGCGGUCGGCAAGGUCCGGCCAAAGCAUCCUUUCAAGAGCAUAGAUGCAUCAGCUGUGGAGUAUCUUGCUUUGUACCUCAAAGGCAACAACCCAUUUUCAAAAGACUGGGUCCGCAACGCAUACAAAAAGCGAUUGAAACAAUUCGAAGACCACUGUCAUUUGAUCGAGGCCUUACACGCAGAGGCGGCUCCGUUUGCAGGACCGCGACAAGACGGCACAUCCCCAAACGAGCCCUCCCUAAACCCGCCAUUCAUAGACUCGUCGCGCAGGCCGCCUGGAUUCGACGACAGGAUGUCGCAGUUCUUGGCCCUGGAACCGUCAAGACAGGCUUUGCCACCUAUUCGUGCAAGUCAGGGUGUGCGGUGAGAUUGGACAUUGGGAAGGUACAAGGGGCGAAUAUUGUAUUUCUAUAUAGGCUAUCUCUCGAUCUUAUAUGCCUCACAUUGGGGACUUGUACAAGGGCGCUGGUUGGGGCGAAACACAUCAGCGUUCAAGCUCGCAGAGAUUGACAGUUUCAAUGCACGCGUGUAGAGUUGCUUACGUGAUCAUCAACACACUUAAUACUUCUGUUGGAGGCGCCAGGUGGGACGCCUCACUUAGAUUGGAACUCAUUAAAUUCAUUACGCGUGCGCUGGCGGCGUGGGC